GACAAUGUUUACAUCCGCCUUAGCAAUGAAGGAGAUUGCCAAACGAUACGAGAACUCUUUGAGAUGUCAUUUCCCGUAAGUUAUGACGAAGAGUAUUAUGAUUCCUUACGUACCCAAGAAUACCGUGGAAAUAGGCUUAUAAUAUGGAUGGCAGAGUAUUUCGAACAAAAUACCUAUUAUCCGGUUGGUUGUAUUGUCAUGCAAAAACGUCUGUUAGGAAGUUCCAACUGCGACAUUAGCAUUGUCCAGCGUUAUUCCUAUGAUUACGUUCUCUAUAUUCUUAAUAUUGCCGUAUUUCCCAAGUAUAAGCGUCGAGGGAUUGGAUCGUUCCUCCUCCAAAAGUGUAUUGAGUUUGCUGACAACAAUCAACUUUGUGCAGGCGUGUAUUUAAACGUACAGGCGAGCAACCAAGGCAAUAUCCGUUUUUAUGAGGUGAACGGUUUUCAGUAUAUUAUGAAUGUUCCCGAUACCUAUAUAAUCGAUGGUCAUCUGGAAGACUCCAAGCUCUACUUUUAUCCACUCCAUGGAGCCAUGGCCACCAGUUCUCAGCUCUAUUCAGAUGGUGUUUCUUACUUACUCUUAGGUGCCCUAUUCUCCUUUUUACUCUUUGCUGGCUAUCAAGUGAUUAGCUAGCUAGCUAGCUAAUAGCUAAUGAGUGAGCAAUGAUGAA